UUAACAUUUUCUCACUGUGAUAAUUUCUAGAUUUUUGUAUAAAAAUUGAUUCUUGAAUGUGGCCAGAUAAGAAAUGGUCAAGUACGCAUUAGAAACAAGUAAUCAGGCAACGAGACGUAGAUUAUUCCUCGAAUUAUUUAGAAAUAGUAAAACAACUUGAAUUUUACAUUUUAAUCAUUAAUAAGAUAAUCAAGGGAUGAUCAGAAAUUUCUCAUGACAUGUGUGUCUGGCGUUUUUAUAGUUGUUUUGCGAUUACCGGAGUUAUAUAAUUGACUCUGCUCUUCUUAAAAGCUGAGAUUCGCGUUAAUACUCGGUUAUUCUGUGUCCGUUGCUCGUCCAAGCAUGUCACCAUUCUUAGUCAUUAUACUUGUACUCCUCGCGGUGUACAAGCUUUACAGAUUUACUAUUGACAAACCGCCGAAUUCACCUCCAGGCAUUAUCAGACUUCCAAUAGGAGGAUCUUAUUGGAUGUUAUUAUGGAAAAAUUACAAAUUCCCACAUCUAGCCGUGGAUUAUUAUACUAAGAAGCUGAAGUCCAAGAUUAUCAGUGGUUAUUUCGGUGACUUUUUCCUGGUGAUAGUGAAUGAUUACGCUAGCAUAAAAGAGGUAUUCACAAGAGAAGAAUUCGAUGGUCGAGUUACUUGUUUGGAAACAAUAAAUGAUCGAGCUUUUGGAAAAAAACUAGGUAUAUUUUUCAUCGAUGGUCCGCAAUGGCACGAACAGAGGAGAUUUGCUCUCCGUUAUAUGCGUGAUUUUGGAUUUGGUCGACGCCAAGAUAAGCUCGAGAGCGAGAUUAUGGACGAAAUGUCUUUAUUUAUCGAUAUCUUGAAAAACGGACCCAUUUACGACGGAGAGAAGGAAAUAAUGAAAGGCAAUUUGAUGCUCUUUCCGGACAUUCUGUACGCGACUUCGGCUAAUAAUAUAUGGAACGUGAUGUUCGGUCAAAGAUUUGAUAGAAGCAAGCACGAUAUUUCGCGGCAUCUCUGUCGCUCGGCUAUGAUGUUUCAGAGAGCAAAUGAAACAACCGGCGGCAUGAUACUUUUCCUACCAAUAUUGAAAUACUUUGGCAAUAUGUUUGGCUACACGAACCACAUGAAGGGAAAUUAUGCAAUAGUAGAUGUUGUUAAGAAAACUUUGGAGGAACAAAAAAUCACCCUCAGCGAGCACAUUGAUCGAGGAUUCGUUGAUAAAUAUUUGAAGAAAUUGAACGAAAAUGAUAAGUCGGAAUAUUUCACGGAAGAACAAUUAAUUAUUUUGCUGGUUGACGUAAUGUUUCCUGCUUUGUCGGCUUCACCGACCGUUAUCACCCACAUUAUCAAGUACUUGAUGCAUCAUCCUAAAGCUAUGGAGAAAGCACAAAGUGAAAUAGAUACUAUUGUUGGAACUGGACGAUUGGUCACAUGGGAGGAUAGGAAAGAUUUGCCUUACAUAGAAGCAGUCAUUCGAGAAACAAUGAGAAUCGAGACACUCACGCCGUUUGGCGUAAUUCACAAGGCCCUGAAAGAUACCACGUUAGGGGGUUACGACAUACCGGCAAACACGCCGAUUUUCACCAAUUUAUCAGCGAUGCAUCACGAUCGUGAAAUGUGGGGCGAUCCCGAGAAUUUCAGACCCGAAAGAUUUCUGAAAGAGGAUGGGCAAAUUUGUAAAGACAUGUCGCUGCCUUUCGGUCUCGGUCACCGGGUAUGCAUGGGAGAAACUUAUGCCAGAUACACUAUAUUUGAAACAUUGGCCCUCCUGCUGCAAAACUUCAAUUUCUCCUUCGUGGAAGGUGAACCGUCGAGUCUUGAAGAUAGAGUGCCUGGCCUAAUCGUCAAUGUGAAGGAGUUAUGGAUACGUCUAGAAUUACGUUAAUUAUCGCCCUGCUAUUUAAAAAAUUUGCAUAAUCAAACCGCCUAUCAUUUGAACUUAUUAUCUGUUAUUUUUCUGUCAAAAUUACCGAAACGAUAAAGUAGCGACUUACGUAAUUGACCGGAAGAUUAUUUGAAAUUAGAAGGCGAAGAGGAUCAAUACGUUGAAUUCAAAUGUUACAAAUUUAUUUUACAUGUGAGAUAAAAAUAAUUACAAUGCACCUUGCUAAAAUUUUA